AGAAGGAUUUUUGUUGUUUAUUUCGUUGGCGUAAUUUUUGUUUUAAAAAUUAAUUAUUUUAGAUCAAUAAAUAAUGUCCGAUGAUGACGAAAUUCAGUACGUUAAGCGGCAACGCACAGUGCAUUAUGGUUCGCUGGAAGAGACUGAACGCAAGCGUUUAGCCGCCGCGGCGUCAGUUGCCGGCACAACAACAACGCCGGCGGCAACAACAACAACAGCGACAGCGACUGGGCAACUGGAAGACAUUGAAUCUGACGAGGAUUAUGAGGAGGCAAGCAAAAAGUCGAGCAGCACAAAAGGCGGACUGCCUCCACCCACAGCAGCGUCGUUGGCCAACAAAAUUGAUGAUGACUACUUUGAUCUUGAAACGGAAAUGGAGCGCGACAAAGUCGCCUUGUUGGAGGAGUUUGAGCGAAAGAAACGUGCACGCCAAAUCAAUGUGUCGACAGACGAUGCCGAGAUUAAGAACAAUCUAAGGCAGUUGAACGAGCCAAUUUGCUUCUUUGGCGAGGGACCAGCAGAGCGUCGCCGGCGUCUCAAGGAGUUGCUGGCCAGUCUGGGAGAGAAUGCGAUCAACAAGAAGCAGACGGAGGAGGAGGAACGCAAGAUACAGCAGCGGGAACAGGAGGCAACCUGGUAUCACGAGGGACCCGAAACACUGCGAGUGGCGCGUCUCUGGCUCGCCGAUUACUCACUGCCGCGAGCACGCGAUCGUCUGGAGCGUGCUAAAGAGGCACUGGAGGUGCCUAGUGCCACACGUGCCGGACGCAUGGUGGAAAUGCAAAAGAAGCUACAAUCAUUGGCACCGCUCUGCUCCCAGGUGGGCGACACUCGACCCGUUAGCAGUGCCGCCUUUAACGAGGACUCGACGCUUUUGAUGACUGCCUCGUGGUCAGGUCUCUGCAAGCUCUGGAGUGUGCCCGACUGUGAGCUGAAGCAAACACUGCGCGGUCAUGCCAGCUAUGUGGGUGGCGUGGCAUUGCGACCAGGUGUCAAACUGGACGAGCAGAAUGUGGUGGCGAUGGCCUCGGGUGGACACGAUGGUGCCGUCAAGUUGUGGGGCUUUGGCAAUGAAGAAUCCAUUGCUGACAUCACGGGACACAUGCCACAUCGCGUCUCCAAAGUGGCAUUUCAUCCAUCGGGGCGCUUUUUGGCCACCGCCUGCUACGAUUCCUCAUGGCGUCUGUGGGAUCUAGAGCAAAAGACCGAAGUACUGCAUCAGGAGGGACACGCCAAGCCGGUGCACUGCCUCAGCUAUCAGUCGGAUGGAAGUGUGCUGGUUACCGGCGGCUUGGAUGCCUUUGGUCGUGUCUGGGAUCUGCGCACUGGACGAUGCAUUAUGUUCCUCGAGGGACAUUUGGGCGCUAUCUUUGGAGCGGACUUUUCGCCAAAUGGAUUUCACAUUGCAACCGGUUCACAGGACAACACAUGCAAGAUCUGGGAUUUGAGACGUCGCCAGCCUGUGUACACCAUACCUGCACAUACAAAUCUCAUUUCAGAUGUUAAAUACCAGCAGGACGGAGGCAGCUUUCUGGUCACCUGCUCCUAUGACUCGACCACAAAGAUCUGGUCGAACAAAACGUGGCAACCGCUAAAGACUCUCCAAGGACACGACAACAAGGUCAUUGCCGUCGAUGUCUCACCCAAUUCACAGUACAUUGCGACGACUUCCUUCGAUCGCACCUUUAAACUGUGGUCCCCUGAUAGUUGAUUAUUUAUCAUACUCCAAUUAAAUUCAUUUCUUUUUCCAUUUCCAUUUCUAUAUACAUCGGCUGCUUAUAGCCCCCCGAUCUGUUAUAAGCUCUCAUUUUGUAUUUACUGUUUUCGUUGAAUCACACAGACAGACAAUAGCCCAAACAAACGUUUUUAUCCAUUUCUCACAUUUUCGUUUUUGUAAUACAAUUUGUUAAUUUAGUUAGGCGAAACAACAACGUAUUUCGUAUAAUUAAGAACUUUGUAUAGAAAUUGUUGAUUAAAAAACAAGUUUUUGGUACAAAUUUA